UUGGUAGGCUCUUUCAGUGUGAAAUUUCACGUCCUUCUGUUUUGGAGAAGUCUCUCAAAUCAUUUACUGCUAGUAAUCAUCUUCCUUCUAUCCUCCCCGGCGAGUCUGGAACUCCUGCAGCGCGCCGUCCGGUUGUCAUAGCAGCGACGCGGCGCGUGCGCAGUCUGCACGAGACACCGUUGCGCCUGCGCAGGGCGGCGGCGUCGCCGCUGCCUCCGUCAUCCCGCCUUCCGUUCCGCUCCAGGUCCGCGCCGGGCUGAAUGGCCUACCCGGAUGCCGCGGGCCCGGAGGAGCUGACCACCGCUCAGCGCCACGAGCUCCCGUGACCCGCCUUCCCUCACCCGGACCCCGCGCCUGGGCCCGCGCAGAGGAGCGGGGCCUCUGAGGGGAGCGGCGACCCCGCCGGUCCCGAGCUCUUUCCAGGCGGCGGCGGCUUCUUCCGUGGGACAAUAUGUUCAAGAGAAUGGCCGAAUUUGGGCCUGACUCUGGCGGGAGAGUGAAGGGAGUUACUAUUGUUAAACCAAUAGUUUAUGGUAAUGUUGCUCGAUAUUUUGGGAAGAAAAGAGAAGAAGAUGGACAUACCCACCAGUGGACAGUAUAUGUAAAACCAUAUAGAAAUGAGGAUAUGUCAGCAUAUGUGAAGAAAAUCCAGUUUAAAUUACAUGAAAGCUAUGGUAAUCCUUUAAGAGUUGUUACUAAGCCUCCAUAUGAAAUUACUGAAACAGGAUGGGGUGAAUUUGAAAUAAUCAUCAAAAUAUUUUUCAUUGACCCCAAUGAAAGACCUGUAACCCUUUAUCAUCUAUUAAAGUUGUUCCAAUCAGAUACCAAUGCAAUGCUGGGGAAAAAGACAGUGGUUUCAGAAUUUUAUGAUGAAAUGAUAUUUCAAGACCCAACAGCAAUGAUGCAGCAGUUACUAACAACGUCUCGCCAGCUAACAUUAGGAGCCUAUAAGCAUGAAACUGAAUUUGCAGAACUAGAAGUGAAAACCAGAGAAAAACUAGAAGCUGCCAAGAAAAAAACAAGCUUUGAAAUUGCAGAGCUUAAGGAACGGUUAAAAGCAAGUCGUGAAACUAUAAAUUGUUUGAAAAAUGAAAUCAGGAAACUUGAAGAAGACGAUCAGACAAAAGACAUAUAAACAAUUCUGAAGCGAACUUGGUGUAAUCUAAACUGAAAAUAAGGUAGACAUUAAUGAUUGAAGAAAUGGACUUAAUGCAAAUGCUAUGGUGUUUCUUAAAGAGGAACUACAUAAAUAGUUGUCAACCAUGGAUUUUUCCAGCAGUGGAGUCAAAAGUAUUCGUACUGUUCAAGCAAUAUUUAAUAGAAAAUAGAUGUAUAUAAUAAGAAUGGAUGCUUUGUAGGCAUUUAAUGGAAAUUUCAUGAUAUUGAGCACAAUUUUUUAAAAAUUUUUAUUGGAAUGUAUAUGAAGCAUAUUUUUCUUUUAAUAGGCAUCAAACAUUUCUUUGUAAAAUGUAACUUGUAUAAAUUUUGUACUUCCAAUUAGUGUGUAUAUUUAAUUUCUUCUUAAUCUUGUCAGCCCCCAUUCUACCUCAUUUGUAUAAGUUGAUGUGCCCCAUAAAGGUUCAAUAAAUGUAGUUUAUAGAUCUGG